UUCUCUGGAUAGAAAUAUAGCAAACAGAAUCUAUAAAACAACGAAGUAGGUGAAUCUUCUUCCUCUGCACUUCAAAUCAAUGGCGAUUUUAUUCAACCCUAAUAUCACUUUGAAGCUCAACAAUGCAUCAAAACUUGACAUCCCAAAUUAUCUUCUCCAAAACCCUAGAAAGCCAUCAUCGUUAUCAUCUUUUCAUCUUUAUUCUCCAAUGCGCUUACGCUGGGUCAAUGGCAAUGCAUAUGGAUCCGACUUCAGUUACAGAAAGAUGGUUCCAACUCGACACCAAUCAGACUCUAAAUUUGUGGUUCGAUCUUCGGUCAAGAGUUCACAAUCACAAGUUCCAUCAAAUUCAAACGGUAGAAUUAUUUUUUGGUCUGCAGUUACCCUAGUGUUAGCUAUUGGGAAUCGCGUGCUCUAUAAACUUGCUCUCGUGCCUAUGAAGGAGUACCCUUUCUUUUUAGCUCAAGUCAACACUUUCGGGUAUGUGGCGAUUUAUUUUUCUAUACUGUAUAUAAGGCAUCGUGCCGGAAUUGUAACAGACGAGAUGAUGAUCCUUCCAAAAUGGCGGUUUGCGGUAAUUGGUAUGCUAGAAGCCCUAGGAGUUGUUGCUGGGAUGUACGCUGCAGCCAUGCUCCCUGGACCAGCUAUACCAAUAUUGAAUCAGACGUUUUUGUUGUGGCAGCUGGGUUUUUCUGCUCUACUUUUAGGAAGAAGGUACUCAUGGAAUAAAAUUGCAGGAUGUCUACUUGUUGCUGCUGGAGUGGUUACAGCUAUUGCAAGCGGAUCAGAAAGUGGUCAAAUGCUAUCGGGAGUUGGGAUGCUGUGGCCAAUAAUGAUGGUAGUAUCAAGUGCAUUCCAGGCUGGUGCAACCAUUAUUAAGGAGUACGUUUUUAUUGAUGCUGUUACCCGUCUAAAGGGGAAGUUGCUCGAUAUAUUUGUUGUUAAUUCAUUUGGUUCAGGGUUCCAGGCUCUUUUUGUGCUUUUGUUUCUUCCCUUGUUAUCAAAUCUGAAAGGCAUACCACUUCACGAGCUUCCUUCAUACAUAAAGACUGGAGCUGGUUGCUUUCUCAACAUCGACGCUAGUUCAUCAGGUUGCGAGGGUUCACCACUGUUACCAUUACUCUACAUACUCAACAAUAUUGCUUUCAACAUAUCGGUUCUCAACCUCGUCAAAAUUUCUUCUGCUGUCGUUUCUUCACUAGCAAUUGUGCUAUCAGUGCCGACAACCAUUUACAUACUUUCCCUUCCGUUGCCAUACCUACCUGAAGGCGUAACAUUGAGUCCUUUCUUUCUAUUUGGAAGUGUGAUCCUUGUGUUGGGUCUUAUUUUAUAUAACGUACCUCAACAUAGCAAGCAGGAUCCUGAUUUCAUGUGAUUUUCACCUAUGCCUGUUUUGUUUUUUCUUUUAUAAUAUGAUAGUCUAGAAAUAUAACAAAGCUUAGGGAGGUAAAAUAGGCAUACAUAUGCUUUUGCUGCAUAUUUUUUUUUUUAUUACGUACUCUAGAAUUUUGUUUCAGUAAUGUUACUAUACACGAUUUCAGAACAACUCUAAAUUCAGAUAUUAUCUUUUUACUGCAUGCUAUUUGCUA